CUUAACUAUUUCUGACAAUGAGGAAGUGCGGCAGCACCACAGGCUACGCGGAAAAGUUGAGAUGCGCAUGCGCAGAGUCGUUGAUGACGUAGCAGCUGCAUCAGCGAAUCACCGGCGUCCAGUGGUGGAAAAGUUUGUGAGAGAAGCAACAACAAGCCGACAUGAAGACACUGGUUGUGGGGGUCGGUGGGAUGACCAACGGAGGAAAAUCGACUCUCUCUAUGAGUCUCCACCAGCAGAUACCCAACAGCUGCAUCAUUGCACAAGACUCAUAUUUUAAGGAUGACUCUGUGGUACCAGUGGACAGCCAUGGCUUUAAAAAAUAUUUUUCAUUAUGUUUUGUCACAGUGCUCGAUGCUCUCCACAUGGACACGAUGAUGAGCGACAUCGACUCGUGGAGAAGAGAUCCUGAGGCGUUCCUGAAGCAGUGCGGCCCGUUCCCCGAGCAAACGGCAGCAUCAGAGGAAGAGGAGGUGUUUGUGCUGAUAGUGGAGGGCUUCCUAAUUUUCAACCACAGGCCUCUGAAUGAACUUUUUGACAGAAGCUACUUCAUGCAGAUACCUUAUGAAGUGUGUAAAAAGAGACGAAGUUCGAGGGUGUACAAGCCUCCUGAUCCUCCUGGAUACUUUGAUGAAUACGUGUGGCCGAUGUACCUGAAGAACCGGCGUGAGAUGGAGAGCAUGGUGUCAGGAAUAGUGUUUCUGGACGGACUGAAGCCAAAGGAGGAGCUGCUGGCUGCUGUGUGUAAAGAUGUUUAUCAGGAAAUCAAAAGGCUGAAGGAGAAGAGCUGAAAAAGCCGCAGAUGUCUGUGUGGAUACUCUGAAGAUGGACUCUGCUGCUCGUACAUUUGACAGAAAGGACCAAACCAAGUGUUACCGAAGGUGUUAUAUAAAUACACUAAUACCUGUGUAUUACUUUAAUAGUUUAUGUGCCUGUAAGCGUACAGUAAACUGUAGAAGAGAGAAUGAUUGCUGUAACAUUUCAGUUUGUCCAGCAGGAGCCUGGACAGAAACUUUAGGACCGUGUUAACCUGAUUUGUUUAUUAUGACACUAAUGGACGAUAUUUCAAAGAUAGUAAACUGAAAUAUAUA